UUAGUCAAAGAAUUUGAAUUGACAACCAAACUCCCACCUCCUCCUAUAUAAAACCUCUCUCUCUCUCUCUCACCGUCAGAGUCCAAUUUCGCCGUCUUUCCCGCCAAAUUUCUUCCCGAAGCCAUGCCGCCGACCACCGCCGUCCCCACUCUCACGGCCGUCACCAUAUCAUACACGGAGCUCCAAGACAAGAAGACGGACUUGUCGAGGAAGAUUGAAGAAGGAUUUGGGCCGAAUGGGUUAGGGAUUCUAUCCGUCACUGAUGUUCCGGGAUUUUCAUCCUUGCGCCAAAAUCUUCUACAUCUGUCACCUAGGUUGGCCAAUCUUCCUGAAGAGGUGAAGAAGGAACUCGAAGAUCCUCAUAGUAGGUAUAAUUUUGGAUGGAGUCAUGGAAAGGAGAAGUUGGAAUCUGGAAAGCCAGAUAUGUUAAAAGGAUCUUUCUACGCUAAUCCUAUAUUAGAUAGACCAACAACAGAUGAGGCUCUAAUUCAAAGGUACCCAUCGUAUUGUGGAUCAAAUAUAUGGCCUAAGCGUGAGUUGCCAGAACUUGAAGUGGCCUUCAAAGCUCUGGGAAAGCUGAUCCUUGAAGUUGGGCUUAUGGUGGCAUUUCACUGUGAUAGAUAUGUAUCAAAAGCAAUUGAAAUGCGUGAGGAUGAAGGCCUUGAACAAGUACUUUUUCAUUCUCGGUGUCAUAAAGGGCGUCUGCUUUAUUACUUUCCCACAAAAGAGAGCACUCCUACUGAAGAUAGCGAAAACAUGUCUUCUUGGUGUGGAUGGCAUACAGACCAUGGUUCAUUGACAGGUCUGACCUGUGCCAUGUUCAUGAGAGAUGCUGUUGAGAUACCUUGCCCUGAUAGUGCUGCUGGCCUUUAUAUUAGGACAAGAACUGAUCAGAUUGUCAGAGUUGUCUUUGGAGAAGAUGAAAUAGCAUACCAAAUUGGUGAAACCACAGAAGUUAUGUCCAGAGGCUAUCUUUGUGCAACACCUCACUGUGUCCGGGCACCCAUGGGAGAGGAAGCUUCUGGCCUUGACCGUUCAACAUUUGCUUUCUUUAUGCAACCAGACUGGGAUGAAAAGCUUAAUUUUCCUGAAGAAGUUCAUAUCCAUAAAGAGUUGAUCCCACCACAUGGUGCUCUCACCUUUGGAGAGUACACAGAGAAGCUCCUCGACAAAUACUACCACCUCAAAACCUAAUCUCUAUGCAAAUUAUACCGCCGAAGAACGCUUACCACAAUACUUAAUAAACCAAGGAUUCAUCAUGACCAUGUACAGUUGCAUUAUUAGUUUCUGUUGGGAUUGCUAGUUCUCCUAUCAUUAUCUUGCUCACUGAAAACUAUCAGGCUACGUGUUUAUUGUAAUGUCUAUAAUUCAGUACAGUCCAGCUUUAGUUGUAUGCUAUUGUUAUUUAGUCCAUGAACCUAAAAAAUAUUAUAACCAAGUCGGGCAGAUAAUUAAACUUGCUCUGUUUACGUCGCAAUCCGAUAUAUCUAAUGCCGCGCUGGCCGACCUGAAUGUCACUGUCUUAAAACAUAUACCAUUAGAGCCCCUUUCCAUCUGAUCUAUCUAGCCGCAGGCGCCAACCUCUUUCUGCCUCUAGAAGCCUUAAAAGGCCAAAAAGAAAACGUGGUGUUAAACAAGGACAAAAUAUGCCACGACGGAUAGUCGUAUUGUGUGAGUUUUAGGGGCUGAACAUGGCCAAUUGGGGACCCUUUUGGCCCCAACUGUGCAUGUUGUGUAUUCCCACACGGCUUCUAUUCGCUUUCUGCCAGUCUUCUUCUCCCACCAUCCUUUUGACCAGAAUAUUGUUCUGUUGCACAAUGGCCUAUAUGCCCUUUACAGUUGCAUAGUGACCCUGAAGUAGGUACAAGAUGCGUGAGGGAUAGGAAUGUAAACUUGGGGAAAGGAGAUAUGGAUGGUGUGACAUCGAUGUCCAAGAGGGAUGUGCCUAUAAAUGUGCGUGGACAAAACCGGAACCUCUUGAAGUUGAGUUCUUCAGCACUAAACUAUCAAAAUCCAUUUUGUUUUUGUUUCCCACCAAUCUUUGCCGGCUGCAACUAUGUCGUCAGUUUCUUAUUUAUCUCAAGUACGGUCACACCAGAGCCGCCCCAAAAGCCACCGGAAAAUUGGGUUCCGAAAGCGAUGUGUGAUGAUGGCAAAGCACCAGAAAACAAGGUUCUACAUCCUCGGACGCUGCGUUUCGAUGCUCCUCUGCUGGCACGAUCACUCCAUAUCGGAUUAGAAAUUCCGAAAAGUGCAAGUUCAGGAAUCAGAUCAUGUGAUAGAGAUUAGAGAGGGUUGGUGAUAGAGGUCAGUUCUGCGUCAAGCCAAGGUUUGCAGGCCAAGAAAUGGCGUGUAGGCAUAUGAGGCUUGUUUUGCUUCCAGUUAGGAGAGAAUGAUAUACCAAAACUAAGCUAAAGUAUGAGUCUAAUUUGUAAUAGUGACUUUAGUUUUGCCUCUUUUGCUUCAUGUGGCCUCUAUAUCCCUUUUGUUUUAAGGGAAUUGCUCUGCAGUGAAACAUGUACAUAUUCAGAAAGUCAAAGGAUAGAGCUUCAUACACAGUGAUCCUCAAUAACUAUUUGAUUUGUGUUGGUUGAACCCAUAUCUGGGUCCUCUGCUUUAUUCUAUUUCAGCUACAAAUCAAAGUAUUUGAUCCGAAA